AUGCGUUGGUGUUUCAGUGGAGGUCAUGUUUCACCACCUCCGCCACCACAACGGAAAUUUUUUAAUCCCUCAACUUCAUCGUUGAACACGACAGCUGGAUCAUCAUCAAGUUCCAAUGAAAUUACAUCAAGUGAUGAGGAUCAUAGACGGCGAAGAGCGGACAAAUCGGAUUCAUACACUUCGAGAACAUCAAAUCGAUCGUUACUUACACCAAAACCAAAAUUCGAUGAUCGAAAUAUUUCAAUUUCAAUGAACGAUGGUGUUCAAAGAUUGCAAAAAUCAAAUAGAAUAGAUGACGGAGGUGAUUGCGUUAUGGACAAUGUCGCACGAAGGCUACAAAAAAUAGGUACAACCAAUACUGCCGGAAUGCAGAAUAAUAGCUCAUCUAAUGAAUCUGAAUCGGGUAGUGUUGUUGUUAAUAUAACCGCCAUUCAGCACGAUGAAAUCAGCUCAUCGUCACCUUCCUCUUCCGGAAUUGUUGCUGAUAUGAAUGAUUCUAAUGGUGAAAGUAAUCAGAGAACAUCAGCAACAUCAUCCUUAUCAUCAUGUGAACAAUCAACCGAUCUAACUGAAUCAAAUUUUGAUGCUUCACGUAUGGGAAAAACGUGUCGAGUACGGAUGUAUGAUCCAUUACCAUUAGCGCAAGAUCAUCAUGGACAGCAACAGUCGGCAGGUCAUUUUAAUGGUAUCGAAGGAGCAAUCGGUACAGUUCAGCGUUCCCAAUUUGAGCGAGUUUGCGAACCCUGUGGCCUAAUGAUGACAACAUUGGAAGAGAAAAAUGAGCCAAACAACAGAAACGUUUCACAAGAUGUCCUUAACAGUCCCACCUCUCCUACUGAUUUGGAAGCUACCGGUGGGACAGAACCACGAUUUAAUCUUUCUCUCAAUUUGAAUAAUCAACGAGAUUUUAUACAGCGGUCUAAUAGGAGCUCAUCAAUACCACCUGAAGGUAUGUCUGGAAACAGGUACACUCCGGAAAAUCGUUUCAGGCGUAGCGAAAGUACCGCACCUGAACCGGUAAAUCAGCGUCGUUCACUAAACGGUGAUGGAAACAAUUCAAUAAAUAAUGAAAAUAUUAAGAAGCAAGUGAUUUGCUCGAAACUCGUUGAACAUUAUCGAAAUAUCGAGAAUAGUGUCGAAAAAUUAGAUAAGUGUACAGCAGCACGUGCUUGGCGACAGCCACAUAUUCUACAACAACAUAUUUUUGAUAUCAAGGAACACGUAGAAACGAUAGCAACUUCAGUGAAUGGUUUUUUGGAUGCCGCAUGUCGUAUUGCUAUCGAUAUUAUUAAUCCAAAAAAUGAAGAACUGAAACAAUUACUUCUACCACUGAAAAGCUCAGCUACUAUCAUCACCCAAUUGAAACAAAAUUUGGACAAUAUUGGUUGGACACUUAGCGCACUAUCGCGACCACGUAAUAUUUACGGGACAGUAUCGGGAAGUGACGCUUUAGAUCAAUUCCUUGCUGUUAUUAAGCAGCUGCCAAUCGAUUGUUGCAAACUGAUACAAUGGGCAUUGCUGGUGGUACCAUCAUCAGGUGUUCGUUUCCUAACCAAUGGUUUGAAGGAUUCAUUAAGCUCUGAUAAUAUCAUCUCAGGCUUCUAUCAGUCAUAUGAUGAUCCCUUAUCGAGAAUAUGUGAAACAAAUGGUGGAACAUCAUUCGGAACGGAUUUAAAAAGGCAGUCGGCAACAUCAACCACUUCAACAAUGACCGUUUCAAGUUUGAAUGAUACACAAAUACCGCAAUCAAUUUUAGCUUCUCGUACAGCUUUUGGUUCAUCAACCAAUCAAACAGCUGGAAAACAAAAUCGUGUAACGUUUGCUGAUGAUCUGAUUACUUCACAUCAAUUAUCGGAUUCCAUUCUGGAAGCACACAUUCUAGAAGAAGAUGAUUUAGAAUCAGUGAUCAGUGAUCGUGAUAGUUUCUAUCAGGAUUCAACAGUUGAAGGUGAUGAUAUUGUCGUAAGUCGUAGAAUGAGACCGAUAACGAAUUUACCACCAUUAUCACAAUUGAAUGCUGAGGUGAUAAAAUCGUUGUCCGUUGAUGACAGACAAUUGAUUGAAUUUUAUUCGCCACAGUUGGAUGCACACACUGAAUUCCUUUCGAAGGCAAUUGAAGAGUUCUUGACUGUAAUUGAAGAACAAAUGCCACCACAUGAAUUUGUUCAGAAAGGGAAAUUGAUAAUACUUACUGCACAUAAAUUAAUUUAUAUGGCUGAUACAAUCGCAGAAUGUAUUUCGUCCGGUGAUGUUAGCAAAGAAGUGAAACUUGCGGCUGAUCGAUUACUUGAUGUUUUGAAAACAUGUGUUCAAGCUACCAAACAUGCUGCCGAUGAGUAUCUAUCAGUAUCAGCUGUACAAUCAAUGGCUAAUUGUAUUGUGACAGUAUCACGUGCUGCAUAUGAUUUGAAAUUACUUGUGAAGCAAUGUUGUAGUAAUGUUUAG